UGUUGUUAUGGUGGAGAGGUGACGAGAAAAAUGGCUAGUAUGGAAGUAGACGAAGAUGUCGCAGCAGAGGCCACCUCCUCGUCCCAGUCUGUUGCAGUGGAGAGUUCGAGUCAGGCUGCAGGCAAUACCUCAAAUUUUACAGCCCCAACCUCUCCAGCUCCACCUGCACAGCCUGCUACAGGUGGUGGAAGUGGUAGCGCCCUCAGUGAUGUUAGCCCGGGAAAUUCUGUAAUGGCGUCUGCUGGGACUGUGGGUAGUGUGUCAGUUUCUCUUCACCCUCUGGUCAUAUUGAAUAUAUCAGAACAUUGGACUCGUCAACGUGCUCAGGAGGUUACCAGUGAAGUGCAAGUGCUUGGAGCCUUGAUUGGAAAACAAACCGGUCGUCAUGUAGAGAUAAUGAAUUCCUUUGAGCUGAGCUAUGAUAUGCUGGACGGAAACAUCAUCAUCAACCGUGAAUAUUAUACCCUAAAAGAGGAGCAGUAUAAACAAGUAUUCAGUGACCUUGACCUCCUUGGCUGGUAUACAACUGGGGACACACCAGGACCCCCUGACCUUCUGGUUCACAAGCAGAUUUGUGACCUCCUAGACAGUCCAAUAUUCCUCAAGCUCAAUCCUAUGGCACGGCACACUGAUCUACCUGUAAGUAUUUAUGAGAGCGUUCUGGAUCUUGUGAAUGGGGUACCCACCUUGCUCUUGGUUGAACUGCAGUACACCCUUGCAACAGAAGAGGCUGAACGCAUAGGUGUAGACCAUGUGGCGAGGAUGUCUUCACAUGAUGUACAGGAGAGCUCAAUUGGUUAGUCUCUAAAAUCUUUUUCUUUUUUCCUUAGUGCCCAUCAGCAGUUAUUAAAUAUUCAGCUGAUAAUAUAG